UUGGAUCAAUACAUGGAAACGCUGGCAGAAAGCCAAACGAACAAAGUGAACAACUGUGAAAUAUACUACAGCGAUAACGAAAAUGAGGAAAAUUUGGAAGAAUUUUAUACAAUAUUAAGUAAAAAGAAGGAGAAGAGUGAAAAUUGGAAUGACAAAGAGUCGGAGAAGAAGGACUCGUUUCCAAGUCAACACAAGACAGUAGCACCGAGCGUAAAAUCUACAGAAAUAAGCACAAGGGAGCACGUGAAGGAUAUCUACAUAGUAGACGAGGAAGUGAGUAAAAUGAGUCUGGAGGAAUGUGUAGAGUAUAAGAAGAGGUUGAGUAUAGAGACGUUUGGAACGAGAGUGCCAAAGCCAAUAUCGUCGUUCCUGCACCUGUCGAAGAGUGUGCCGAAGGCAAUACUGAAUAGAAUGGAAAAAAUGGGAUAUGUUGAGCCGACGCCAGUGCAGUGCCAAGCAAUGCCGUGCAUACUGCAAGGAAGAAACACAAUAAUACUGUCGGAAACAGGAAGCGGGAAGACAGUAUCGUACGUUAUACCAGUAGUAGCACAAGUGCUGAGUCUGAUAAAGCAGUGGAAGACAGUGGCAUCGAAGAGGUGCGUAUACGCAAUAGUGCUGACGCUGACGAGAGAGCUGAGUUACCAAGUGUACACGCUGGUGCUGAAGAUAUGUAAAAACAUAAACCUGAGAAUAGUGAUGGCGUCAAGCGGAGUGGACAAGACGGAGCAGUUCAAGGCGAUGCUGAGCGGAUGCGAAAUGGCAAUAUGCACGCCAGCAAGACUGAUCGACCUGAUGACGCUGAAGGGAGUGAGAAUGGAAGAGUGCAAGCACUUCGUGGUGGACGAGGCAGAUAAAAUGUUCACGAGAGAGUACGAAGAUCAGACGCAGAGCAUACUGAAUCAGCUGGGAGAAAACACGCAGACAGUGUUCGUGUCGGCUUCGAGCACGGAGGAAAUACAGAAGAAGAUAAAGUCGCUGGUGAGAAACGCAAUCACAGUGAAGGUGGGAGUGACGCAGAUAGUAAACCUGGAAAAAAUUGAGCUGAAGUACAUGAUGAUGUUCUCAAACAACGUCACAGUGCAGAAGAAGACGUGGCUGGCGGACAACAUACCACAGCUGGAGGCGAAGUCGCAGACAAUCAUAUUCUGUAACACGAGGCAGACAGUGGAGGAGGUGUACGCAUUCCUGUCGAGCACAGAUAAGACGUGCUGCAUGAUAUACGGAGACAUGCCGCCGACGGAGAGACACAGCACACUGAGCUACUUCAAAAAGGGCUACUUCAAGACGCUGGUCGCAACGGACCUGGUGUGCAGAGGCCUGGACAUAGCGACGGUGGGCUGCGUGGUCAACUACGACGCGCCGAAGCACUUCCACACGUUCCUGCACAGAGUUGGCAGGUGCGGAAGAGCGAACGCAAAAGGAGUGAGCUACACGCUGCUCACGAAGCAGGACAACAAGCUGGGAGCGUACAUAGCGAACCACCUGGAGUCGGCGAGCAGGAACGCGAAGGUGAAAGUGGAAGUGCCGGAACACCUGAAAAAGUUCGCACUCACCUACGGACCGUACAAGCAGGCGAGGAGAGCGGGAUUGGACUUCUUGGAAUACAUGUCGAGAGGAAGCAUUAUGAGUCAUGAGGAAGGGAGCAGGAAAGGCAAGAGGGCGUCGGAGGAGGAGAAAAUGAGCGCCAGGAGCAGCACGUUCGUGGCGAGCAAGCAUCAGAAGAGCGGGUCGAGCGAGUCACUGUCGUCGGCGCCGAACGAGGACAAGAGCCAGCGCGGGAAGGAGUACAGCGCAACGGACGAGAUACCUAGCACGUCAGAAGAGGAGUGA